AUGGACGAAAUUUUUAAUCGACUAAAAAACAGAGAUAGGGCCAUUCAACAAAAGGCCGCACAAGAUCUUCGCAUACUGGUCGAAGGGCAAUCUAAUUUAUUAAAUGAAGCUAAUAAGAGAAUAUUUGAAAUGAUGCAAGGAGACACCCCCGAUUCUCAUAAAAUCGGCGACUCAUUGAUCAACAAUAACAUCGAAACAACGACAUUGUCUCGUUUCACGAAUUAUUUAAAAAUGGUUCUUCCUAGUGGUGACCAACAAAUCAUGAUUUUAGCAUCAAAAGCUUUAGGCAAGUUAGCUGCUCCUAACGGUGCCGUAACAGCUAUUUUCGUAAUGCGUGAAGUUAAUACUGCUUUAGAAUAUUUGCAAGGAGAUCGUCAGGAAUUACGAAGAUAUGCGGCAGCACUCGUACUUCGUGAGCUUGCACAAAACGCGCCGACACUCAUAUAUGGACACGUACCAUCAAUAUUAGACUCAAUAUGGGUUGGACUACGCGACCAGAAGCAAAUUAUCCGAGAGGCUUCUGCAGAAACUUUGAGUGCUUGCCUUAAAAUUGUGAAUGAACGUGAAACUGUGUUAAAGAUUCAAUGGUACAACAAAACAUAUGACGAAACUGUAAAGGGCAUAAAAAGUAAUAAUGCAGAUCAAAUACAUGGAGCGUUAUUGGUUUACCGUGAAUUGCUAAAUCAUGCACAGGCAUUUAUGCACGAAAGAUACAAAUAUGUUUGUGAAACAGUGUAUCGAUAUAAAGACCAUCGGGAUGGUCUGAUUCGACGAACCGUUAUUUCAUUAAUACCUGUUCUUGCAGAAUUUAAUGACAAAGAGUUUGUAGCGACAUAUGUUCAAAAAUUCAUGUCACACCUCUUGACACAGCUCAAGAAAGAUCGCGACAGAUCCAUUGCUUUCAUAGCAAUUGGACAAGUGGCAUGUGCUAUAGGGAGCAACAUGAGUCCAUAUUUAGAUUCUAUAUUAAGUAAUAUCAAAGAAGGUUUAUCUACAAGGGCGAGAAGCCGCGGUGGAAGCGAAGCUCCCUUAUUCCAAUGCAUUGGUAUGUUGGCUCGGGCAGUUGGCCAAGCACUUACAAAACACAUGCAUGAGCUUUUAGAUUUAAUGUUCGCAUGCGGAUUAAGCGAGCAACUUCGGCAGGCUCUCACAGAGCUUGCAAUCUUUAUUCCACCGUUGCUGCCAAAUAUUCAAGAGCGUCUUUUAAACACGCUAUCAAUGAUGCUGAGCGGACAACCAUUUCGACCUCCUGGAUCACCAGCACCGGAAGGGAAUGAUUUGAAACGACAUCUCGGAAAUCAAAUGUCAGAAUUAAAAGACGUGGAGACAAUAACACUCGCACUAAAAACACUUGGAAGCUUUAAUUUUGAAGGGCACAUAUUAAAUGAGUUUGUCAGAGACUGUGUAGUUCGUUAUUUAGAGCAGGACAAUCAUGAAGUUCGUGGAGCGGCUGCUCUAACUUGUUGUCAACUAUUCGCUCGAGAUCCAAUUUUGGAUCAGGCGAGUAAUCACUCAAUUCAAGUCGUAAACGAAGUAUUAGAGAAACUGUUAACUGUCGGUGUUGCAGACCCUGAUCCAUCUAUUAGAGAGACAGUUCUUUCACAUCUUACCGAAAGAUUUGAUCGACACUUGGCUCAGGCAGAGAAUAUACGAUCCUUAUUUAUUGCGCUCAAUGACGAAGUAUUUACAAUUCGAGAAAUUACAAUUACGAUUAUAGGACGACUAGCUUCUCAUAAUCCUGCAUAUGUAAUGCCAUCCUUACGGAAAACGUUGAUUCAACUUCUAACAGAGUUAGAAUAUUCUGGUGUGAGCCGUAACAAGGAAGAAAGUGCCAAGCUAUUAAGCUUAUUAGUCUCUGCCUCUCAAAGAUUGAUUAAGCCAUACGUAGAGUCAAUACUUAAUGCACUACUACCCAAGUCUCGUGAUCCAAGCCCUGCAGUUGCUUCGAGUGUUUUGGCUGCACUUGGUGAAUUGGCACGUGUAGGGGGGGAAGAUCUAAUUCCGUACUUAGAUAACUUAAUGCCGCUAAUAAUUGAUGCCCUACAAGAUCAAAGUUCAACAGUCAAACGGGACGCUGCGUUAAAAACAUUAGGUCAACUCACAAGUAACACCGGCUUUGUCAUUGAACCAUAUCAAAAAUAUCCCAAAUUGCUUACUAUCCUUAUCAACAUAUUAAAAACGGAGCAGUCUCCCUCAAUACGACGGGAAACAGUCAAGUUGGUGGGAAUCUUGGGCGCUCUAGACCCUUAUCGGCACAAGAUAACGAUUGGGUCUUCUGAUGAUUCACUAACAGAUCCAAAAUCUUCAAAUACUGACGUUUCCCUUCUGAUGACGGGAAUGGGCCCAACGUCAGAGGAAUAUUAUCCAACAGUUGUCAUAAAUGCCCUUAUGAAAAUAUUACGAGAUCCUUCACUGAGCGCCCACCAUACAGCUGUUAUUCAAGCUGUUAUGUACAUAUUUAAAACUUUAAGCUUGAAAUGCGUUCCAUUCUUGCCACAAAUCACACCAGCAUUCAUAGGAGUAAUGAAGACAUGCCCGCCUGGAAUGUUAGAAUUUUAUUUUCAGCAGCUUAGCAUUUUAGUUUCUAUUGUUCAACAACAUGUCAGAAAUUACCUUUCGGACAUUUUCGUUUUAGUUGAAAUGUUUUGGAAUCCAAGCUCUACCAUUCAGAUUACAAUAAUCCAUCUUGUAGAAGAAAUUGCAAAAGCUCUGGACGGCGAGUUUAAAAAUUAUCUUCCUAAACUUUUACCUAUAAUGCUUCAAAUUUUUGAUGAAGAUGAAAGUGAUAAGCGACAACCUACCCAAAAAGUAUUGCAUGCACUUGCAGUGUUUGGCACUAACAUUGAGGAAUAUAUGCACCUUGUUAUUCCUGUAAUUGUCAAACUUUUUGAGAGGACUGAUCUGCCUCCUCAAUUACGUAAAUCAGCUAUUGUUACAAUUGGACAAUUAUCCAAAAAAGUUAACUUUUCGGAUCAUGCAUCCAGAAUUAUUCAUCCAUUAGCACGCGUCUUGGCUACAAAUAACAACGAUUUAAGAAUGGCCGCAAUGGAUACGCUUUGUGCUUUAGUAUUUCAAUUAGGAUCCGAUUAUGCAAUAUUUAUCCCGCUGAUAAAUAAAAUUUUGCAAAAAUACAAGAUUUCGCAUCACGACUAUGAUUUGUUAGUUUCCAAACUUUUAAAAGGUGAACCCUUGCCCCAAGAAUUAGGCAAAGAAGAGAGGUUUAGCGAAGCACGUAUUGAGGAGACACCAGCUGCUGAAGCAAAUUCUAAAAAACUACCCGUAAAUCAACAACACUUAAAGAAUGCAUGGGAAUGCUCUCAAAGGUCGACAAAGGAUGACUGGCACGAAUGGAUUCGUCGUCUAAGCGUUGAAUUACUAAAAGAGUCGCCUUCUCAUGCACUUCGAGCAUGUGCAAGCUUGGCUGGUGUUUACGUUCCCUUGGCAAGAGAAUUAUUUAACGCAGGGUUCAUAUCAUGUUGGUCAGAGUUAUACUAUCAAUACAAGGAUGAACUUGUCAGUUCUUUAAUGUCUGCAUUGAGAGCACCCAAUAUCCCUCCUGAAAUAGUUUCUACUAUUUUGAAUCUUGCUGAAUUUAUGGAGCACUAUGAUAAGCCACUUCCAAUUGACAUUAGAACGCUUGGUAACCAUGCUGAAACAUGUCAUGCAUAUGCAAAAGCGCUUCAUUAUAAAGAAUUAGAAUUUAUGACUGAAUCUUCUACUGAAACUAUCGAAAAACUGAUUCAAAUCAACAACCAACUGCAACUUCCCGAUGCUGCUAUUGGUAUUCUUAAACAUGCACAACAAACACCCGGUUUGCAAGACAUUCAAUUAAAAGAAAAUUGGUAUGAAAAACUUACACGUUGGGAGGAUGCAUUAGCUGCUUAUAAUAAACGACUGCAAAUUGAGCCGAACGAUUUUGAGGCAACUUUAGGCGUUAUGCGUUGUCUACACUCUUUAGGUGAUUUUGAUGGACUUUCAGAACUUGUUCAAAAGAAAUGGCCCGUUGCAACAAAUGAUAUGCGCAAAGCAAUGUCCACUUAUGCGGCUGCAGGUGCUUGGUCCCUAGGCCAAUGGAAUUUGAUGGAAGAUUAUAUUCCGACAAUUAAAUCAGAAUCUCCAGAUAGAUCUUUUUAUCAAGCAAUACUUGCUUUACAUAAGAACAAGUAUGAUGAGGCAGUUCGUCAUAUCGAUAAAACGCGGGAUCUUUUAGAUACUGAAUUAACUGCUCUUGUUGGGGAGAGCUACAAUCGUGCAUACAGUGUCGUUGUACGUGUACAAAUGUUGGCUGAACUAGAAGAAAUAAUCACAUACAAGCAAUUUGCCGAUCAACCUGAGAGGCAAGCAACCAUAAGGAAAACAUGGAUGAAAAGGCUAAAAGGAUGUCAGCGUAGUGUUGAAGUUUGGCAACAGAUACUUAAAGUGCGAGCAUUAGUUAUAGCUCCUAAGGAAAAUAUGGAGAUGUGGAUAAAAUUUGCAAAUUUAUGUCGUAAGAGUGAUCGUCUUGAAUUUGCUGAGAAGACAUUGAAACAACUUUUAGUUGGUGAUCAAAAAUUAGAAGUAGUUCACCCUUCGAUUUUGGCUAGAGCAGCGCCACAAGUUGUUUAUGCCUACUUAAAAUGGAUGUGGGCCAGUGGAGUCCGUGAAGAAGCUUUAGGUUUUCUAAAGGACUUUACAGCUAGGAUGUCCAAUGAUCUUCGUGUUGGAAAUAAGGAACUUCUUGCCCGUUGUUAUCUUAAAAAGGGUGAAUGGCAGAAAGUCCUGCAAGAUGAUUGGGAAACGGAAACUAUACCUGACAUUUUACAAUCAUAUUCUCUCGCUACACAACAUGAUAAAGAUUGGUAUAAGGCAUGGCAUGCUUGGGCCCUUGCUAAUUUCGAAGUAAUAUCGUAUUACGAAAAGCUUAUUGGUGCUGAUAACGAUUCUCAAGAAGAGCAAAACGUUGAUCUUCUUGAUGAGGAAAAUGCAGAUAAUUACCAAGAGAUAUUACGUUACGUGGUUCCUUCUGUACAAGGUUUCUUUAGAUCCAUUGCUCUUUCUAGAGGGAAUUGUCUGCAAGAUACUUUGCGACUGCUUACUCUCUGGUUUAAAUAUGGUUUUCAUGAAGAAGUUUGCAAGGCCAUUAAACAAGGAUUUGGAAGUGUUAACAUUGAUACUUGGCUAGAAGUCAUCCCACAGCUUAUCGCCCGUAUUCAUGCGCCAAAUGCUAAAGUUCGUGAGCUAAUACGUAGUUUGCUCGUCGACGUUGGUAAAGAACAUCCACAAGCGUUAAUAUAUCCGUUAACAGUCGCUUCAAAAUCUCAAAGUGUUUACAGGCAAAUGGCAGCUUCUGCUGUAAUGGAUAAACUGCGGUCACAUAGUGCAGUUCUUGUUGAACAAGCUUUACUAGUAAGUCAAGAACUUAUACGUGUCGCCAUUUUAUGGCACGAAAUAUGGAUGGAAAACCUAGAAGAGGCAUCAAGAUUAUAUUUUAUCGAUCGCAAUUUCGAUGCUAUGUUCCAAAUUUUGGACGAAUUACAAGAUCGCCUCGAUCGUGGACCGGAAACUUUGCGAGAGAUGGCAUUUGUUCAAGCAUACGGGCGAGAACUCCAGGAAGCUGGAGGGUGGUGUAAAAAAUAUAAGCAAACUGGUGAUAUGACAUUCCUAGCACAGGCGUGGCAGAUUUAUCAUGAAUUGUUUAAAAAAAUAACUACACAAGUUGGAACGAUUACUUCGCUCGAUUUCCAAUAUGUCUCUCCAAAAUUACUUGCUGCACGUAAUCUAGAACUGGCAGUACCAGGGACCUAUAAGAGUGGAGAACCUGUGACAAAAAUUGCCAGCUUUGUGCCAACAGUCAACAUUAUUUCCUCUAAGCAACGGCCACGAAAAUUAAACUUAAUUGGAAGUGAUGGUAAAGAGUAUCAAUUUCUAUUAAAAGGUCACGAAGAUUUACGCCAAGAUGAACGUGUAAUGCAACUGUUCGGUUUGGUCAACACACUUCUUUCUAUCGAUUCUGAAACCUUUAAGCGUCAUUUGCACAUUCAAAGAUACACAGUCACACCCCUGACGCCGAAUAUUGGGCUUCUUGGAUGGGUUCCUAAUUGUGAUACUCUUCAUGCUCUAAUCCGAGAUUAUCGUGAAAGCAAGAAGAUUCUACUGAAUCUUGAACAUAGAUUGAUGUUACAGAUGGCCCCCGAUUAUGAUCAAUUAACAAUAAUCGAAAAAGUUGAAGUUUUCGAAUUUGCAUUAGCUAAUACAACAGGACAAGAUUUGUAUAGGGUGCUUUGGCUUAAGAGCAAAAAUUCCGAAGCUUGGCUAGAACGAAGAACCAACUAUACUCGAUCUUUAGCUCUAAUGUCUAUGGUAGGAUACAUUCUUGGACUUGGUGAUAGGCAUCCGUCAAAUAUUAUGUUGGAUCGUUACACGGGGAAGAUAGUUCACAUCGAUUUCGGCGACUGUUUUGAGGUCGCAAUGACGCGUGAAAAAUACCCUGAAAAAAUUCCAUUCCGAUUAACACGCAUGUUAACGAAUGCGAUGGAAGUAAGCGGAAUUGAAGGCAAUUUCCGCACCACUUGUGAAGCAGUAAUGAACGUUUUGCGAAAAAAUAAGGAAAGUCUUAUGGCAGUCUUGGAGGCUUUCGUCCAUGAUCCCUUGAUAAAUUGGAGAAUUAUGGCAAAUCCAAGUCCACGACAAGAUGGUGAAACUCUAAAUGCAGUUGGUUCAAGUAAUCGUCGUGCGCGCGACAUCAUAAACCGCAUAUCAAAUAAGUUAACAGGCAAAGAUUUCAACCCUAACCAAGAAUUAGAUGUCCCAUCACAAGUUGAAAGAUUAAUACAACAAGCGAGAUCCGUGGAAAACUUGUGUGUGCAUUCUGGUGAUAGUGGUCCUAGAGAUG